AGUACUAAAUCCACUAUAAGAUGAGGGAAAACAAAAACCAACAUGAGGUUUGGACAAUCAAGAUAGACAAGAUGGAUAAUGUGGUAGUUGCUAGCGGUUACGGUGGGUCUUUGCAUUAAAUGAGAACAUUGUGUAGAUUUAACUUCACACACAGGGUCCCUCUUGGGUUUCUAUCACUCCUACAAAAUGCUCACAAACAACAACCGUCUCUCAGAUGGCUGUGCAGAGUUGGCAACACAGAUAGCGGUGAUGAGUACUUAUGGUUUAAUAUUGUCUCUUUUGUAUGUUUGGGGCAAAGACAGCUUUAGCAUUUGGUGUCUAUUUAGCCUUUUGGUUAUAAAUUAAAACAGUCAAAGGUGUAUUUUCUAUGGUAUGCAUGAGCUUUUUAUCAUCAUUUAUCAAGUGCAACAGAUUUCAUGGAAUCCAACAACUCUAUCAUCAGUGGUGGGUUUCCUUUAAGAAUAAUCAAUGAUCGUGUUUUGAUUGUUCAAAUAUUGAUAAUAAUUUUUCUUGCCAUCAAUCUUUUUUUAGUUUCCACUUUUUUCAGAAAGGAUGUCUUUUAUACAACCAUGCGUUAUGUCCUGUUUGCUGUGACUCUGCUGUCUGAUUGUCUGUUUUUAGUAAUGACAAACGCUCUGCUGACACUGAACUAUUUUGGUAUCACCCUACAGAUGUGGUUGUGCUCUAUUCUGUGCUUUAUUGUGUCUGUUUACACAUUUGUCACACCUGUCACCCUCACAGCAAUGACACUGGAGCGCUAUGUGGCCAUAUGCAUGCCCCUGCGGCACGCAGAGCUCUGCAGCAUUCAAGGUGUUCUACAGCUCAUGCUCAUCAUUCACUGCAUCAGCGCUGUUCCCGUCACUGUUACACUCUCCAUUUUCUCUGCCAUUAUGGCUCCAAACUUGUACACCAAGAAUAGUGUUUGUUCUGUGGAGAUGUUUUUAUUGUCCGACUGGCAGGGUCACAUAAGAUCAGCUAUAGGUCAGCUUUACUUCUUGAUGAUGUUCUCAGUCAUUGUUUUCUGCUAUGUCAAAAUAAUGAGAGUGGCCAAAACUGCUUCGGGAGAGAAUAAAAAGUCAACAUGGAAAGGACUCAGAACUGUUAUUCUACAUGGUUUUCAGCUCCUGCUCUGUCUCAUCCAGCUGUGGUGUCCCUUUAUAGAAGUUGCAGUUCUUCAAAUUAAUUUCAUGCUCUUUAUUAAUGUGAGAUACUUUAAUUAUAUAAUGUUCUUUCUUGCCCCAAGAUGUUUGAGUCCGCUCAUCUAUGGCCUUAGAGAUGAGUUAUUUUUUCAGGCACUGAAGUCGUACGCUCUUUGUGGCUUGCACAAAAAAACAUAA